AUGGCUCCUGCAAAGAAGGGUGGUGAGAAGAAGAAGGGCUGUUCAGCCAUCAGCGAGGUGGUGACCCGAGAAUACACCAUCAACAUUCACAAGUGCACCCAUGGAGUGGGCUUCAAGAAGUGUGUUGCUCGGGCACUCAAAGAAAUUUGGAAAUUUGCCAUGAAGGAAAUGGGGACUCUGGAUGUGUACAUUGACACCAGGCUCAGAAAACAUAAUGAGGACCAGGAUUCACCAAACAAGCUCUACACACUGUUAACUUAUGUUCCUGUUACCACAUUAAAAAAUCUACAGAUUGUCAAUGUGGAUGAGAACUGA